ACCCCACCAUGACUGCCCUACCGAAAAGCCCACUCUUCAUUUUGCAAAUUUGCACCCACCCAUUUAUUGUUUUUCAUCUCCUCCUCUCUCUUUCUCUCUCUCUGCCCUCCUGGUUUUUUCACCUUUCACAGCCCCCCACUUCUUCUUCUCUGCCUUUGUUAAUUUGCUUCUGCUUCUGUUUGUCAAGUAUCAUAUUCAUGUCAGGCUUAUAUGCACAGAAUUUUUCACCUGCAAGAGCUUUGUCUCCACAUAUAAGAACAACUCCUGAUGUUGAUAGUGGUCAGUAUUUGACAGAACUGUUAGAAGAACACCAGAAGUUGGGACCUUUCAACCAGGUUCUCCCUAUAUGUAGCCGACUUUUGAAUCAAGAGAUAUUAAGAGUUUCUGGAAUGAUUCCCAACCAGGGCUUCAGUGAUUUUGAUAGACUGCAACGUGGAAGCUUAAGUCCUAUGGCAUCUUCAGAAAUACUAGCAAGUAAUAGGGGAACAAGCAUCAUGGGGUGGAAUGGACUGCCACAAGAGCAGAGAUUGGGAGCACAAGGGAUGAAUGUUGACUGGCAAGCAGCACCAGCGAGCCCAAGUUCCUAUAUUGUGAAGAAAAUCUUGCGUUUGGAUAUUCCUGUUGAUAGCUAUCCAAAUUUCAAUUUUGUUGGUCGGCUUCUGGGCCCAAGGGGCAAUUCAUUGAAGCGAGUGGAAGCUUCUACGGGUUGUCGCGUGUAUAUUAGAGGAAAAGGUUCAAUAAAAGACCCUGAGAAGGAAGAUUCAUUAAGGGGAAGACCGGGGUAUGAACACCUGAGUGAUCCUCUGCACAUUUUAAUUGAAGCUGAAUUACCUGUCAAUAUUGUGGAUAUGCGAUUGAGACAAGCACGGGAAAUCAUUGAAGAACUGCUUAAACCUGUGGACGAGUCGCAGGAUAUCUAUAAGAGACAACAGCUGAGAGAAUUAGCAAUGUUGAAUUCAAAUUACAGGGAAGAGAGCCCUCGACCGAGUGGCAGUGUCUCUCCGUUCACUUCAAGCGGAAUGAAGCGAGCCAAGACUGGUCAAUAAUACCUCGUGAUCCAAUCUCCUUGCUGGUUUUCUUUUAAAACACUCUUUGAAUAUUUGUUACCACUUAAUGCCUCUCAUUAUAUGUCAAUCCUGUAUAGCUGCAAAAGAAAUGCUUUGAAGACGUGGCUGGUAGUUUCGACUUUGGUUAUUCAUUGGGUAACAUAAACAUUAACAAGAGAAAGGAAAUAGAAAUUCAUUUGUUACAGCUUUGUCAAUGUAAUUGUUUGCAGGUGUACAAGUUUAUAAAAAUUAUUGAAUUUGUUCUGUAAUUAACAUGAAUUCUUUGUCUGAAACUAGUCUGUAAUUAUAUAUGCCAAUAGUGGAUGCAAGGACUUAUUUUGAUU